AUGAAACCAAAAAUCAAAGAAAAAUUUUUUCAUAUCAAACCUAAUAAUUCCAAUAAACUUUAUUGUAACAUAUGUGAAUCACAUUUUGUUAAACAUGCCUCUAAUGCAAAUUUAAGAAGAUAUUUUACUAAAUAUCAUAAAAAGGAACUUGACGAUUUUGAUAUUAAUAAUAUUUCAUCCGAACUCACAAGACUUGAAGAAUCUACAUCUUAUGAUGAAGAAAAUAGUGAUACCAGUUCCAUUUCAAAUAUUUCUCAUAAAAAUAAUAAUUUUAUUAAAGGAUUAAUGAAAAGAUUUGAUGGACAAGGAGAAAUUGAUAUUAUUAAUGAACUUGGAUUCGUUACAGGAGAUAAUUUACAAAAAGAAACUUCUCAAUCUUUGGUCCUCUCUUAUAACAAUAAAGAUAUUAUUGUAAUUUCUGAUACUGAAAUAAACUAUUCUAAAAUUAUUGACAUAGAAAGUGAUUCUUCUGAUAGAAAUAAUA